CAAAGCGGCCAUGUUAGCUACUCAUGGUUUUGUUCAGCGGCUAAGAGGCGCUGAAGCGCCCGCUCACGGCGGAGGGGACGACGAGGAGGCGCGGGAGGAGGCGCCGUCCCCGCGGCGCAGGCGGCUCUGAGGCUUGGCGACGCCGCCCGGGGCCCCGCGCCAGGCCCGAGCCAGGGAGCGCCGCGCCCGGCGCCUCGUCUCCCGCCGCUCCCGGCGCCGCUCCGCCCCCGAGGCUGAUGGCGGCGGCCGCGCGGAGGGAGCUGGCUCAGGGCAGUGUGACCUUUGAAGAUGUGGCCGUGUACUUCUCCUGGGAGGAGUGGAGUCUCCUUGAUGAGGCUCAGAGAUGCCUGUACCAGGAUGUGAUGCUGAAGAACUUGGCACUGAUAACCUCCCUGGAUUGUUGGCAUGGAGCAGAAGAUGAGGAGACACCAGCUGAGCAGAGCAUUUCUGUACAAGGAGUGUCACAGAUCAGGACUCCCAAGGCAGGUGUGUCUCCCCAGAAUGCCCAGCCUUGUGAAAUGUGUGGCCCGGAAUUGAGAGACAUUUUCCACUUGACUGAGCACCAGGAAACACAUUGUUGGCAGAAGCUGUACAGGAUGGGGGCAUGUGAGAAACAGUUGUAUUUCAGUGCAAAACUUCAGCCCCAGAAGCAGCACACUGGAGAGAAGUGCUUCAGAAGCAACAUGGGCAGAGCCUCAUUUGUGAAGGACUACAAAUUCUGUGUGUCAGGGAAGCCCUUUUCCUGUGAGGAGGUUGUGAGGGACAUCGUGGCUAGCUCAGGAUUUCUCCAGUGUCAGGCCACACACACCAGGGAAAAGUCAAAUAGGAGAACUGAAUGUGGGGCAGCCUUUCAUAAGGGAAACACUCAGUACACCUCUGGAGAACGCACAAAAGACUUUGAUUGCAAACACACACUUGUUCAGCACCAGAGAGUCCUCACUAGAGAAAAAAACUACAUGUGCAGCGAAUGUGGGAAAUCUUUUAGCACGAGCUACAGCUUCAGUGACCAUUGGAGAGUUCACACUGGGGAAAGGCCUUAUGAGUGUGGGGAGUGUGGGAAAUCCUUUAGGCAAAGCUCUAGCCUCAGUCAACACCGGAGAGUUCAUACAGGAGCAAGGCCUCACGAGUGUGAUGAAUGUGGAAAAUCAUUUAGCAACAAAUCCAACCUGAUUAAACACAGGAGAAUUCACACUGGAGAAAGGCCAUAUGAGUGUAGUGAAUGUGGGAAAACCUUUAGUGAAAGCUCUGCACUCCUUCAACACCAGAGUGUUCACACUGGAGAAAGGCCUUAUGAGUGUAGUGAGUGUGGGAAAUUCUUUACCUACCACUCCAGUCUCAUUAAACACCAGAGAGUUCACUCUGGAUCAAGGCCCUAUGAGUGCAGUGAAUGUGGAAAAUCCUUUACUCAAAACUCCAGCCUCAUUGAGCACCGUAGGGUUCAUAGUGGAGAAAGGCCUUAUAAAUGCAGUGAAUGUGGGAAAUCAUUUAGCCAAAGCUCUGCGCUUCUUCAGCAUCGGAGAGUUCACACUGGAGAAAGGCCUUAUGAAUGCAGUGAAUGUGGGAAGUUCUUUACUUACAGCUCCAGUCUCUUAAAACACCAGAGAGUUCACACUGGAUCAAGGCCCUAUGAGUGCAGUCAAUGUGGGAAAUCGUUUACUCAAAGCUCCAGCCUUAUUAAACACAGGAGAGUUCACACUGGAGAAAGGCCUUAUGAGUGCAGUGAAUGUGGGAAAUCUUUUAGCGACAGCUCUGGUCUCAUUAAACAUCGAAGAGUUCAUGCUGAUAAAGGCCUGAUGAAUGCAGUGAAUCUGGGAAAUUGUUUAGCCACAGCUCCAAUUUCAGUAAUCACUAGAGUGUUCAAACUGGAGAAAGGCUUUGUGAGUAUUUGAAUGUGGGGAAUUUAGCUACAAUACCAGGCUCCUAAACACUAUAACUUCACAUUGGACAAAGGCCCUAAUGAGUGUGGCAAAUGUGGGAAAUCGUUUAAGCCAAGUCUAACUUCAUUACACCCCAGAGACUUCACAGUGGAGAAAAGCCUCAUAAGUGCAGUGAAUGUAAAAAAGCUUUCAGCUAAAGGACUUGCCUCAUUGGAUGCCACAAGUUUCAAGUGAGAGAACUACCAUAAAUGUACGGGUAUAUACUAUUUCCUUGUUCAGUGCAACAGCACUGAAGGAGGGCCCUUAGGAAGGUGCCGUUUACCUGUAUUGAACCCUCAUCUAUCCAAAUGUCCAUGUAAAUUCCAGGUAUGUGGGAGCUGCAUUGCACUUUUUAACCUGACCAGGGCCAUUGCCAGAUUUAUGUCACUACCACUUCUGUAGCAGAGGCCGUUUUACCUCUUCCACCUGGUAGGUGCCCACAGUGGGCAACAUUCAUCCUUCUCAGGGUCUUCAGGGACGUAAAGACAAGUGUUCUCCCCCCUUGGCGGGACAAUUCGUGAGUAGCCUGAGCAUUUAUACUUUGCCCAAUUUUUUUCUCCUCUGCUGAGUUAGGGCGUAGACCUUACCCACUUUUGGCCUAGAGGACUCUGUUGGUGAUUUGGAAAGAUGGACUACAUUUUUCAGGAUAUUAUUGGUCCCAUGAGACUCUAGUGAUGGAAUUUUCUAGUUUCCAAAUAACCAACCUGAGAAUAGUCUGCCUCCCAUUGCUCUUGUUUGUCUGAUAAUAAAGGUCUUAUUGUUUCAGCCAG